AUGAAACAUGCGCAGUACGCGAAACAUAAGACCUUGACGUGUCAGCCGCGUGAGAUAAGGGGUCUGGGAAGCAGUUGUUAUGUCAGAUCUUUCAAAAUCACAAAUCGUAGGACUCCCGGUAAAGAAUGAAUAAGCCGCUGUUAUUUAUCUUAUUUUCCAGUUUUCUAUAUUAUCCAGUGUUCUCCGAGGACUACUAUGAAUUAUUAGGAAUAUCUAGGGACGCAAGCCAAAAGGACAUUCGUAAAGCAUUUAAAAAACUAGCUCUUAAGCUUCAUCCGGAUAAAAACCCGGAUGACCCUCAAGCACACGAAAGGUUUACAACGAUUAAUAAAGCAUAUGAAGUUUUAAAAGGUAGGUAUUAUAUAUUAGAGACCUUGUUUCAAUGUCACAAACACAUUUGGCUCUCUAAUAAACCUAAUUCUCCCAAUCCCCCAAGAAUUUAUGAUGAUGACCCAGAGAUUAUUACAUUAAGCUACUCUGAUUUCCAGGUGUCUGUGGAAGGAAGUGAUGACAUCUGGUUCAUUAACUUUUAUUCUCCAUUUUGUUCCCAUUGUCAUGAUUUAGCACCAACGUGGCGAGAAGUUGCACGAGAACUUGAGGGAGUUAUCAGAUUUGGUGCCGUUAACUGUCAAGAAGAGUGGAAUUUGUGUCGACAACAAGGAAUUCACAGUUACCCGUCUCUUGUACUUUAUCCAACACAUGAGUUCCAUCGUGGCUCUAGAAGUACAAGAUCCCUUGUCAAGUUCAUACUGGACUCUUUAGAAGUGAAUCUCUUUGAUUUAUGGGAAGGUAACUUUGAAAAGCAUAUAAACAAGGGUGAUCAACCUUGGUUGAUUGACUUCUGUGUCCCAGAAGGAGAUUGCCUUUCAUCAGAAACAAGAAUUAAACUUUCUGCUAUUUUGGUAAGCUUUAUAGUUGGUCAUGUUGACUGUAGCAAAGAAACAGAGAUAUGCCAGCGGGUUCAUCUCAGGAAGUAUCCUAUGAUAGCCCUGUUUAAGACACACGGACACUAUGAAUGGCACCAUGGUCGCUUUACCGCUCACGACAUUGCUGUUUUUGCCAAAGAAAGUGCGUCUUCCAGCGUACAAACUCUAGGACCAGACGACUUCCCAGCGAAAGUUACACGACCUGAUCUUCCAUUCUUUGUGGAUUUCUUUGCACCAUGGUGCCCACCUUGCAUGCGUCUGUUACCUGAAUACAGGAAAGCAGCUCGGUCAUUUGAUUAUAAUGAAGUUGGUUUUGGUACUGUAGACUGCACUAUUCACUCAAAUCUUUGCAAUAUGUACAACAUUCGCUCCUAUCCGACCACCAUCCUAUACAAUAACAGCAUUCCUCAUCAGUUCACUGGACAUCACACGGCGGCUGAUCUAGUGGAGUUUAUUGAGAACACCCUGAAACCUGCAGUUGUACAGCUGACGCCCGAAACAUUCCAGUCUUUGGUUGCGGAGAGAACUAAGGGAGAAACAUGGCUUGUUGAUUAUUAUGCUCCGUGGUGCGGACCCUGUAAUGAACUGUCUCCUGACUGGAAUAAACUGGCCAAGCUAAUGGAGGGAGAGGCUGGUGUUGGCUCGGUCGACUGUCAGAAGUAUCGGUCUUUCUGCCAGGAGCAGGGUGUCAAUUCAUAUCCCACAAUCCGUCUGUAUCCCCACCAUAGCCAGGGAUCACGCAACUACGUGAGCCACCGUGGAUGGCGUGACGUGGAUUCGCUCUACAGCUGGGCCUUCAAGCACCUUCCCUCAUUGGUAACGCAACUCAAUUACCAGGCAUUCCUUGAUAACGUUCUUGACAGCGAGGAUGCCUGGAUCAUCGAUUUUUAUGCUCCUUGGUGCGGGCACUGCAUACAGUUUGCCCCAGACUUUGAAAAAGCAGCCAAGCUGUUAGAUGGACGUGUCAAGGCUGGUAAGGUUGACUGUGAACAGGAGUAUCAUCUGUGUUCGGAGGCUGAUGUGCGAGCUUAUCCCACUGUGAAGUUAUACCUAGGUGCACCAGGAGAUGGAAUGACUCAGCCGGUAAAUGGUCACUUGAAUAUUGAAACUCAGAACCCGCACAAAAUCCGGCAUAUUGCUCUGCAAUCACUGGAAGAAUACAAAGCUGAUUUAGAGGAGGGGGACAGACAGGAAAGGAAGAAGGCGAAGACGAAAUCGAAAAAGAAGAGCAAGAAAAAGAAGACUACACCAGUCCAUGAUGAAUUCUAGAGGACGUUAAAUCCACCUGUCUGUAUUCAUACGAGUCUCACUCAACACUCAGACAAGACGUAAUAACGGCCAUUGUUGGAAAAAAGAAAAUAAUGGCCAAAUAUUCACCAACAAAGCCAUUACUCAGGGCGAGUUUUAGUGCAAGGCGUUUGCUGCAUUGCCUUCAGUGCUUUUACCUACAGUAGUUGGUAUUUUACAGAGACAGUAAAAUAAUUUUUAUUGGU